AAGACAGAUAGAACAAGAGGCGGGCAAGACAGGACACUGGGAAGGUACCAGCCACAUUCGCAACAUUCUCUUGUUUCUGCAGGCGCGGCAACCCAAGCCGAAUGCCUCGUAAUCCUUUCCACGACACACAAACCUACACGGCGCCGAGUCUUUUUCCUCGCUCGUUCUUUUAUUCGCAACUUGAUCUCUCUGCUUCUUGUCGACAUCAACUCUACCACUUCACUCGCUUUUAGUAACAGGACGUCGCAUACUUGUAGCAUAAUCGCCUAGGCAUCAUAUCGACAAAUCUAUCACAGCACUAGUCAGUCCGGCAGAAAGGUCCGAGAGCCACUUCAAGCAUGGAUCAAUCAUCGCCCAGUUCCCGCCCGCGCACUACCUCUCGCGCCUUCAGUCACAAGUCCGAUCACAGUCGCAGCAGCAAGCAUGAAGUCUUGGUCGAUAGCCCUGCCGACAAGCAGCGCCGCGAUAGCUUCUGGAAGGGCGGGUCCAAAGCGAACCCCAAUGCCGCUAUGAACGAAGCCCAGCCUGGAGACCAUCUCAUCAUGGCCGCCAUCGCUGUUAGCUUCCCCGUAACCCCCGCUGACCCCAAUCAAGAUGCCGCAGUCAUGGAGAAAGCGACAAUGGAGUCGCUCCGUAAUGUUCAACACAAAGAUAGUAAUGGUAAUGUAAUCGCCGAACCCGAUCUCUCCAACCCUACUCGUCCUCGCUGGGAGAGACCUCUGGACACCAUCAGAUCCUUCGAAAGAGCUAUUGAUGGCGGAUAUAAGCGUCGCUCCGUUAGCAGAUCAGAGAGCUACACCUAUAACAACCAGGACCAGAGCAGAAGAAGCAGCUAUUACGGCGCCAACAACCAUGAUUCUGGCCGCUACGAGAACGGAUCGCAGUAUGGCGGCGGUCACUAUGGAAUGCGUCGCCCUGAUGGCCACUCUGAUGUUGGAACUCCUGGAGGACCUCCCAGCCGCAACCGUUAUACACAGCGCAUGAACUCCAGUCGCUCAAACAGCGGUUAUGGAUUCUACCCUCAGCACAGCUACAAUGACUCGUACGAUGCGGGCGCACAACACAGCGACGGUACUGGACCCUGGGCCAACUCGACCGACCCCAGCAGUGAGAACAGCUCGCUCGACCGCGCCAACGGCGUCCCUAAGCAGAACGACCCAUAUGGCCACGACAUUUACAAUGGCCCUCCGAUCAUGGAGGAGUACGCCAGCGAUUCGGAUGGUGGUUAUGGAAUGUCUCAUGGCAACAACCGAAACGGCCACGCAGGGGGAUAUCCAGCAGCCCCGACACGUUCGCAAGCACCACCUGUUCGUGCACCCAUCAAGCUCGGCGGUGCCGAAGGUGCCUCAAACUACGGUGCUCAAGGCGGACACCUGCCCCCAGCCACAAGGCCAACUCCGGUAAAAGAGGAGAAGAAGAAGGGAUUUUUCAAGAAGCGAUUCAGCAAGGGCUGAGCUACCCUGCAGUACGACUCUUGAAAAAGGCAGUACAUACUUAAUGACCUAAUGGCAGAUUGGGAGGAAGCUGGGUGUUUCACAGCUGCAUCUCAGCGGCGUUUGGGUUCUUUGGACGGACGGGCUAGUGCUUGACCAAGGUCAUGUUGAGCAGUGGCACAAAAUGAGACUGGCAUCUUCGCGAUGGUGCUGGUACAAAUGAACCAUCCUCAUGCUUUUUCCUUUUAAUUUCCGCUUAUUUCUCCUUUUUAAUUA